AUCUCCUUGAAAAGUCUCCGGCGACACAGUUCACCGGAACUCGGAGACGGAAUCAGAUUCUUUCCCAUUUAGUAUGAAACUAUGAAUUUAAUCUCUAGAACAUUGACAAGAGUAGUCUCUUCUUCUUCCUUACUCUACCAUUCGAAGCUCCCCACUCAAAAAUGGGUGAUCUCGCAGCAAAUCCGCGUUUUCUCCGCCACCAUCGUCGGAGAUGGAGGAAAGAAACCUCGGGCUAAGGCAUCAGUGAAACCACCGCGGACGGCGGAGAAAGAACUGACUCCGCCGAAGAAGAUUGAGUACAAGCCGGAGAUUUCGAAUUGGAUCAACUUAAUUGGAUUCGUCGAACAACCUGUUGAAAGCGGCCCUUGCUCCGAUGGAAAAUUCUGGGCUGGAACUAUGAUUUCUCAGCGUUCGGGUUCAAAAUCAUCUAAUUUCUGGAUUCCGAUUAUAUUCGAAGGUGAUCUAGCUCGAAUCGCAGUUCAGCAUUUAAAGAAAGAGGAUCGAAUUCAUAUUUCUGGGAAGCUGUUCAUUGAUUCACCUCCUCCCAAUGUGACAUAUACUCAAUCCAAUGUUCAGGUUAUGGUUCAUAAUCUUAACUUCGUACAAGCUGAAACUUCUCCGGUUAAUACGAUCUCAUCAACCGAAGAAGAUGUAACUAGUAUCAAGAAACAGCAGUCACCACCUGAAAAAGAAGUAACCAGCAUCAAGAAUCAGCCAGCAAGAUCCAAAAAUGUAAAAGUCAUAGAUGAAGAAACCUCUAAUUCAUGGAAGCACCUUAUUGAAAAUCCUAAAGAGUGGUUCGAUCAUCGUGGGAAUAAAGCUAACGGAUUGGUAAAGCCAAAACAUCCCGAUUUCAAGAGGAAGGCUGGUGGUUUAUCUCUGUGGCUCAGCACAGUUCCUGAUUGGGCUUUGCUAAAACUCGACGAGCUUGAGUUUGAUGUCUUUGUCCCUAACGGAGACAUCAAACUGAAACAACUUAAAGGAGAGGAAUCUUGGAAGGAUUUGGUUCAGAACCCAGAUAAAUGGUUUGACAACAGAUCAGAAAAGACAAAUGUGAAAGCUCCUGACUUCAAGCAUAAAGAGACUGGUGAAGCACUGUGGAUGACUGAUUCUCCUAUUUGGGUACUCUCGAAGUUACCACCUCUAAAGAAAAACCAAGAAAGACCUCUCAUGUCCAAUACAGUCUCGCUGCAUAAAAAAGAAGAAUCUUGGAAGAACUUGGUUGAGGACCCGAGUAAAUGGUGGGAUAACAGAGUAGACAAGAGAAACCCGAAAGGCCCUGACUUCAAGCAUAAGGAGACAGGUGAAGCACUGUGGAUAAGUAGUUCCCCGACUUGGGCACUUUCAGAGUUACCACCUUUAGAGAAGAACCAAGAAAGACCUGUCAUGGCCUAGUUUGUCUCGCAGCCUUACGCUGAUUUUGGCCACCCACUAUGUAAAAAGGCCGCAUGAUUUUGUUUCUCCAGUCUUAUAUAACGAUAACUUUUGGCUAGGACCUCUUGAGGGUUUUAGUAUUUUACUAUUUACCUUGUCAGUAAAUAACUCUUAAACCCCUUUAGUCUAUUGCAGAAAAUCUUAUCAAUGCGACGAAAUUUUACAUU